UCUCUCUCUCUCUCUUAAGUCUCGUUGUCACUUACUCAACACAGCCUUCAACUGUCAUUCUCUCAGGCGACUCUUGCCAUUGACCUCUCUCAUAAAGUCUCUCUCUUUUCUCCACCUCUGUUCUUGGCCAUGUUCCUUCACAGUCAAGCUCUCUUCCUCACAUUCAUCGCACUUCUCGGAAUCCACCAACUGCCUUUACCAACAGAAGCAGAGUGCCCAUUGGACUUGACUUCAUCAAACUUCACUCUCGUGGCCUCCGUCUGCUCCAACAACACCGACAGAGCCAAAUGCUGCCGCUACAUGAACGCCUUCGUCGCUGUAUCCGUCUCCCGCUACGCUAACCACACAUCAGAUCUCGGAGUCACACCGGACUCAACCUCCAUCUGCAUUACCACCAUCUCCAGAACCAUGGAGCUCUACGGCAUCCCAACGUACGCAACCCUCUUCUGCGGUCUAGGCACCAAGAUUCUCGUCAGCUACGACUGCGAAGGUCUCACCACUGUAACUCAAAUGCUCCAGUCCCCGAAGUUUGGAGAUGUUUCAAGAAACUGCAAGCUGCCUCUCUCGCCGGGAGACCAGUGCAGAGGUUGCUUGAACUCGGGUAUCACUUACCUUCGUAGUUUGGUGGAUAGAGGGAAUAACAUUAAGAUGAGUACUUGUCGUGAUGCAACCUAUGCUGCUUUGGCUAGCCGUGUUGAUAGCUCUUCGGCUCUUGGGCUCGCUAGCUGCUUCUUUAAUGUGACUGAGCUCAGCACCACUCCAGAGUUUCCGUUGAGUCCAGAAGCUUCUCCAGUUCCAGUGGUAGCUGAUAGUCCAAGUGGCGAUGAUCUUGUUUUGUCUCCGAGGAAAAGUCACCAUUCAUAUCACUUGACAGUGGUUCCGGCUAUUGGGAUCGCUGUUACAGCUUUCUCCGUUGUGAUGCUCGCUGUCCUAAUGGUUCUUAUCCAAAGAAAGAAACGGGAACUUGAUGAUGAUGAUGAUGACUCCGAGGGGAAGGAUCAUAAUCCAACAAAGACGCUUCCUUCUUCUUCUCCCCGCCCUAAAGUAAUGAUGAUUCAUGAAGGUCAUUCUUUGGCUUUUAGGAAAUUCAGCUACAAGGAGAUAAGGAAAGCAACUAAAGAUUUCAGCGAGGUGAUUGGCAGUGGGGGAUUUGGGACUGUUCACAGAGCUGAGUUUAGUAAUGGGUUGGUUGCAGCUGUGAAAAGGAUGAACAGGAGCUCUGAACAAGCAGAUGAUGAGUUUUGCAGAGAGAUAGAGCUUCUAGCCAGGCUGCAUCACCGCCAUCUUGUUGCUUUGAAAGGCUUUUGUACUAAGAAGAAUGAGAGGUUCCUUGUGUACGAGUAUAUGGCAAAUGGGAGCCUGACGGAUCAUCUACAUUCCACAGAGAAACCUCCACUUAGUUGGGCAACAAGGAUGAAAAUCGCAAUUGAUGUGGCUAAUGCUCUGGAAUACCUUCAUCUCUACUGUGACCCACCUCUCUGUCACAGAGACAUAAAGUCGAGCAACAUAUUACUCGACGAGAACUUUGUUGCCAAGCUUGCAGAUUUUGGCCUUGCACAUGCUUCCAGAGAUGGCUCCAUUUGUUUUGAACCUGUUAACACUGAUAUCCGUGGAACUCCAGGCUAUGUAGAUCCAGAGUACGUUGUAACACAAGAACUGACGGAGAAGAGCGACGUGUACAGCUACGGAGUGGUGUUGCUAGAGAUCAUAACAGGGAGAAGAGCUGUCGAUGAAGGUAGGAACCUUGUGGAGAUGUCUCAGCCUUUACUGGUAUCAGAAUCAAGACGGGUAGAUCUUGUGGAUUCUAGAAUCAAAGACUGCAUAGAUGGAGAGCAGCUGGAAACAGUGGUGGCGGUUGUGAGAUGGUGCACGGAGAAAGAAGGCGUGGCUAGGCCAUCGAUCAAGCAAGUCCUGAGGCUGCUUUGCGAGAGCUGUGAUCCGUUGCAUCUGGAGCUUGCAAUGGCGGUUGAAGAGCACAAAGGGAGGUCACUGAGAGGUGGUGACUCAGGCUUGGCUUCUUCAUCUAGUACUACUUCAAGGUCGCAUUGUAGCAGGAGUUUCCUGCUUGAGACUGGCUCUCCACCAAAUGGUCUCUCCUUUUGAGUCUUUAGUAAAUUUGGCAUUUUGGAUAAUGAUCAACUUGUUUUCUAAUUGCAAAUUUUGGAAGA